AUGGGUCAUACUAAUCCGGACACAGCAAUUGAUGUAAGGUUCACAGGUGGACUUGAAUACACCAGCUUGACAUACACUGUGACAAAGAAGCAAAAAGAUACUGAUGGGAAUUGGGUGAAGCAGGAAGUGGACUUGCUUCACAGGAUCACUGGGUAUGCACCAAAAGGGUGCAUAACUGCGGUUAUGGGUCCUAGUGGUGCCGGAAAGUCGACGCUCUUGGAUGGGUUGGCCGGAAGAAUUGCCAGUGGGAGUCUUAAAGGUCGGGUAUCCCUCGAUGGGGUCGAUACGAGUCCAAGCUUGAUCAAGAGGACUUCAGCAUAUAUAAUGCAGGAUGAUAGGCUUUUUCCGAUGCUCACUGUUUAUGAGACUUUAAUGUUUGCUGCUGAUUUUCGUUUGGGGCCAAUCUCAGGGGCUGAUAAGAAGCAGCGGGUUGAGAAGCUGAUCGAACAGCUUGGUUUGACAACAUCUCGGAAUACUUACAUCGGUGACGAAGGAACUCGAGGAGUGUCUGGUGGCGAGCGUCGAAGGGUGACAAUAGGCGUGGACAUCAUCCAUGGACCCUCACUCCUCUUCCUCGACGAGCCCACAUCUGGCCUGGACUCCACCAGUGCACACAGUGUGAUCGAAAAGGUGCACGACAUUGCGCGUUCUGGCAGCACCGUGAUCCUCACAAUCCAUCAACCUUCAUCUCGAAUCCAAUUGUUGCUCGACCAUAUGAUCAUCCUGGCUCGUGGUCAGCUUAUGUAUCAAGGGUCACCUAAAGAUGUUGUUCUUCAUCUUGGCCGAAUGGGGCGAAAAGUCCCCAAGGGGGAGAAUUCAAUAGAGUACCUUAUUGACGUGAUACAACAAUAUGAUCAGUCUGAGCUAGGAGUAGAGGCACUGGCGGAGUUUGCUCUUACUGGAACGAAACCUCCACCAUUGUCAGAGGAGGAGAUGUCUCUAUCAACUGUCAUUCCGUCGCCGGUUCCUGCUCGGUGGUCCCGGAAUCAGGGAGAUGGGCAUGGAGACAAGUCCGGAAAGCGGCUUCACUUGCAAACUUGUGCAGAGAAUGAGAAAGAUUUUGAUCGCAGUGUGAGGAGUCCAUGGAACCAAUCAAGGUCUUGGAGUGCUAGCCAAAGUGGUUUUAUGCAAACACUUGGGUUUACACCUUCUAGGCAGCGGAAUGAUCAUAGAACUCAGAACCCAACUAGGUAA